AUGGGAAACCACACAAUAACAACCUUCAUUCUCUUGGGACUAACAAAUGACCCUCAACUUCAGAUUCCAGUUUUUGUGUUUCUGUUUUUCACUUACACGUUAAGUAUAACUGGGAACCUGGCCAUCAUAGCUCUCACUUCAUUUGACUGCCAUCUCAAAACACCCAUGUACUUCUUUCUACAAAAUUUUGCCUUAUUAGAAAUUUCGUUUACUUCUGCUUGUAUCCCUAGAUAUCUGUACAACAUAGCCACAGGUGAUAGGUCAAUUACGUACAGUGUUUGUGUUAUUCAAGUGUUUUUGAUAGAUAUUUUUGGAGUAAUAGAAUUCUUCCUUCUGGCCAUAAUGUCCUAUGACCGCUAUGUGGCCAUCUGCAAGCCCCUGCACUACGUAACCAUCAUGAACAGAAGAGUCUGCAGGAACCUCAUCUUCAGCUGCUGGCUGGCAGGCUUGAUGAUCAUACUCCCACCAUUCACCCUGUUCUUAAAUUUGAAAUUCUGUGACUCAAAUAUUGUUGACUUUUUCUUCUGUGAUGCAUCUCCUAUCUUGAAUAUUUCUUGCUCAGACACAUGGCUCAUAGAGCAGUUGGUGAUUGUCUGUGCCGUGCUGACCUUCAUUCUGACCCUCGUGUGUGUGGUUCUGUCCUACGUACACAUCAUCAAGACCAUUGUGAGAUUCCCAUCUGCCCAGCAAAGAAAAAAGGCCUUUUCCACCUGCUCUUCCCACAUGAUUGUGGUUUCCAUCACCUAUGGAAGUUGCAUCUUCAUGUAUGUCAAACCUUCAGUGAAGAAAUCUGUUGGAAUUAAUAAGGGUGUGGCAGUGCUAAUGACGUCCAUUGCUCCUGUAUUGAACCCAUUCAUUUACACUCUGAGAAACAAGCAAGUUAAACAAACCUUCAGGGACUUGUUCAAAAAACUUGCAUUGGUCUCAAAGAAGAAAGAGAUUAUUUAA